UACAAUCAUGAUGAAGAGCAAGAAAUAAAAAAAGCACGAAGCGGUUGUAAAGCAUUUUUAGUUCAUUUUUCUAAAACGAAGACGCGAAUUGAUGAAAUUUUGUUUUUUUGCAAAACUAAAGAACAAAACGCUCUUGUAAAACAUUUAAAAACUCUAACAGUGCACUCUGCUCACUCCCUCUUUUUCCCGGCCUUUAAAAAAAAACUCUGUUAAAAGCAGUGCUGUUAACACUAAUGUUAAAUAAAUAAUCAUUAAGAAAGUGUUAGAAAAACAAAUCCAAGAAAAAUAAGAACAAUUAAAAAAACAAACAAAACAUAUUUAAAAAAGUGCUAUUAAAAAAAAUUACAAUAAAACAAAAUCUCCCAAUUUUUUUCUUCUUCCUCCUUUGCCAACUUUAUUUUCUUGCUGUUAAAGUUUGUGUCUGUCGUUUACUCUCCCUCUUCAUUUACAUCAACAUACAUUCGUACUGUUAUUUUGGAUUUGGCUGCCUCCUAUUGAAAAACAAUUUUAUUUUACUUUUUUGGUGUCCAGCAAACUGUUAAACUGUCAUGGCCGGUAAUGGAGAAGCUAGUUGGUGCUUCUCACAAAUAAAAGGAGCCUUAGAUGAUGAUGUCACCGAUGCAGAUAUUAUAUCCUGUGUUGAAUUCAAUCACGAUGGCGAGUUGCUGGCAACUGGUGAUAAAGGUGGACGUGUCGUUAUUUUUCAGCGUGAUCCUGCAUCAAAAACGGCAAGUCCACGACGUGGUGAAUACAAUGUCUAUUCGACAUUCCAAUCGCAUGAACCCGAAUUCGAUUAUCUCAAAUCGUUGGAGAUUGAAGAGAAAAUCAAUAAAAUUCGAUGGUUAAGAAGAAAAAAUCCUGCACACUUCCUGCUCUCGACCAAUGACAAAACGGUUAAAUUGUGGAAAGUCAGCGAGCGCGACAAAUCCUUCGAAGGCUACAAUACCAAAGAGGAGAAUGGCCUAACAAGGGAUCCACAAAAUGUGACCGCCUUACGAGUUCCUUCUGUUAAACAAAUCCCUCUGAUGGUCGAAGCAUCACCCAGACGCAUUUUCGCCAAUGCCCAUACCUAUCACAUCAAUUCGAUUAGUGUUAAUUCAGAUCAAGAGACUUAUCUAUCGGCAGAUGAUUUACGAAUCAAUCUGUGGCAUUUGGAAGUGACUGAUCAAAGUUUCAAUAUCGUCGACAUUAAACCGACCAAUAUGGAAGAGUUGACCGAAGUGAUAACAGCUGCUGAAUUCCAUCCAACCGAGUGCAAUGUGUUCGUGUACUCAAGUUCAAAGGGCACAAUACGUUUGUGUGAUAUGCGCUCGUCGGCACUGUGCGACCGACACAGUAAACAAUUCGAAGAGCCCGAAAAUCCAACAAAUCGUAGUUUCUUUAGCGAGAUCAUUAGUUCAAUAAGUGAUGUGAAAUUAAGCAAUUCGGGUCGCUACAUGAUCUCCAGAGAUUAUUUGAGUAUUAAAGUAUGGGAUUUGCAUAUGGAAACAAAGCCCAUUGAAACGUAUCCGGUCCACGAAUAUUUACGGGCCAAAUUAUGUUCUCUCUAUGAGAAUGAUUGCAUUUUCGAUAAAUUCGAGUGCUGUUGGAAUGGCAAAGAUACCUCAAUAAUGACCGGCAGUUAUAAUAACUUUUUCCGUGUAUUCGAUCGUAAUACAAAAAAAGAUGUCACCUUAGAGGCCUCCAGAGACAUUAUAAAACCGAAAACGGUGCUAAAACCACGUAAAGUUUGCACUGGCGGCAAACGAAAAAAAGAUGAAAUCAGUGUUGAUUGUUUAGAUUUCAAUAAGAAAAUAUUACAUACCGCUUGGCAUCCGCAAGAGAAUAUAAUAGCUGUUGCAGCCACCAAUAAUUUGUUCAUAUUUCAGGAUAAAUUCUAGCCUACAUUCAUCUUCUUUUAUAAUAUUGUUAUUAUGUACUCUAAAUACACUAUAACUUUCCUCUAAACAGAAAAAAAAACAAAAACAUUAAAAGAAAACAAAACAAAA